AUGAAAUUUGAAUUUGCGUCCAAAUUAUCUGUCUAUGCAACUGAUUUUCUAUAUUUUUCUACAUCGUUUUAUCUUAAUUCUCUCUACAGGACUAUAGGAGGAUCUGACUUGAGGAAAACUGACACUGGAGCAGGAUGGGAACAUGGAAUGUCGCGAGGAUGCCGAUCUGUGAUGGUUUCUCAAAAAAGAGUUUAUAAAAGUCGCAUUCGCGUGUUUCCAAGUUUACCAAAAAAUAUAGAACAAAUUGUACCCGCAGUUCAUCCCGCGUUGGUGCGUGAUUAUUAUGGCAAAACGGAUUUUGAUUGA